GGGCGCGGCGGGGAGGCGGUGCCUCACAAAAUGGCCGGCGGGGGCGGUUACGUGCGCCGGAUGCUGCCGCUGCUGCUGAGGUCCCGCUGAGGAGAAGCCCUGGGGAGUGGCGGCGCCGCCGGCUCCUGGGGCGGUUGGGCGGCUGGAGCCAUGUUGAGCAGCGGGGCCAAGGCGGCUAAGCCGUCCUUCGUGUCCUACAUCAGCCCAGAGGAGAUACAGAUAAAGGAACCCAUAGAAAAGGAAGUAAAUCCUCAUUUAUUACCAGGUGAACUGCUGCUAUGUGAGGCGAGCACAGUAUACAAGUACAUACAAGAAGAUGGGUCAAAUCGUGGCACCUAUGGGAAACUUGUAUGCACAAACUUCAAGAUUGCUUUCCUUGAUGAUGAUUCUGCUUCAGAUGAUAAUGAGUCACAAUUUAAGAAUAAGAUCAUAGGAGAAAAUGACAUAACCCUGCAAUGUGUAGAUCAAAUCUAUGGAGUUUAUGAUGAGAAAAAGAAACUUCUAACUGGACAACUGAGAAAAUACCCAGAGAAGCUAAUUAUCUACUGUAAAGACCUUAGAGUAUUUAAUUUCUGCCUGAGAUAUACAAAAGAAGAGGAAGUAAAAAGAAUUGUCAGUGGCAUAAUUCAUCAUAGCCAGACUCCUAAGCUGCUUAAACGCUUGUUUUUGUUCUCUUAUGCAUCAGCUGCCCCAAAUAACUCAGAUGGAAGAAACCAAACAGUCAUGUUUGAUACUCUUGAGGACUGGCGUGCUGAGUUGGAGCGAACCAAAGGGAACGUGCAAUACAAAGUGGUGACUACCAAUGAAGGCUACAGAGUUUCUGAAAAGUUGCCUCUGUAUUUUGUCGUUCCGAUAUGUGUUUCUGAAGAGAGUAUCUUGAAGUAUGAAGGCAGAGGCAUUCCUAUUUGGUGUUGGUCUUGCCAUAACGGUGCUGCUCUUCUCAAAAUGUCUGCAUUUCCCAAAGAACAGGAUGACAGUACUUCACAAAUGCAAAAAGCCUUCUUGGAUGGAAUCUACAAGACAAUUAGCAAACCUCCCUAUGAACUCCUGAAGACAGAUGACUUGUCAAGCAGCCUUCCAUCUCUGCAAGAUAUCCAGACUGCAUACACAAGAUUUAAGCAGCUAUUUCUGAUAGAUAACAGUACAGACUUCUGGGCAACUGAUGUGAAAUGGUUUUCAUUACUGGAGAGCACAAACUGGCUGGAGAUUAUCAGGCGAGUCUUGAAGAAAGCCAUAGAAGUUGUUGAGUGUUUGGAAAGGCAGCAUACAAAUGUUCUCCUUAUAGAAGAGAGUGCUGCUGAUCUGUGCUGUGUAAUCUCCAGUCUGGUUCAAGUGAUGAUGGAUUCAUACAGCAGAACAAAGUCAGGAUUUCAGAGCCUUAUUCAGAAGGAAUGGGUAAUUGGAGGACAUGGCUUUUUGGAUCGUUGUAACCACUUGCAUAACAGUGACAAAGAAGAGGCUCCUGUUUUUCUGCUCUUGCUAGAUUGUGUUUGGCAGUUGGUACAACAGUAUCCUGCAGCAUUUGAGUUCACAGAAACAUACUUAACUGUCUUGUCAGACAGCCUCUAUGUGCCAAUUUUUAGCACUUUCUUCUUCAAUUCGCAACAUCAAAAAGACACUAACACGACUGGUGAAAGCCUCAAGACACAAAGCGGUCCUUUCAGAUUUCUUACUGUGUGGGACUGGUCUGUGCAAUUUGAUCCCAAGGCCCAGGCUUUUCUGAACAACCCUCUUUAUGCAGAGAAGCCAAAACCAGAUAAAAGCCAACGGAAAACUGCACGAUUCAAACAUCAGAGGCAGCUUUCUUGUCCAUUGACACAAACAAAAUCUUCCCCAAAGAGAGGAUUUUUCAGGGAGGAAACAGAUCAUUUAAUUAAAAACAUUUUGGGUAAAAGAAUUGGCAAGUUCAUUAAUUCUUCAGAUGAACCUCCUAAUAGCUUCAGGGAAUUUUACGACAGCUGGCAUAGUAAACCUGUUGACUAUCACGGUCUUCUGCUACCUCGCAUUGAUGGGCCUGAAAUCAGAGUCUGGGCACAGCGGUAUUUACGAUGGAUUCCUGAAGUUCAGCUUCAUGGUGGUGGUACGAUAGCCACAGCUGCCAAGAUUUUGGACUUGAUGGAGGAAGUGCAGAGCUUACAGGUGAAAAUGGAUGAAGAACAUAGUCAAGCUAUUUCUGGAGACAUACAUGCUGUUUCAAUGCUGAGAAAUUCUGCCCGUUUGUCAUCUUUGUUUCCAUUUGCUUUAAUUCAGAGACAGUCUGUCAAACCAGCUUUACCCACUAGCACCUGGAAAGACUUGGAAGAUGAAGAUGACUUGGUCAAGAGGGAUGAUGAAUUCGUUGAUCUAAGUAGUGAUAUGUUAAAGUGUAUAUAUUAAAGUAUGAAUUGUAUGUGGCUAAGCUCUGAGGUUAAAAUGUUGUGCUGUAUCCUAAUUUAAGGAACUCAAGUAUUUGCAGCCUGCUGAGUGGAUUUGUGGGAUUUAAAAAAACACCUCAGUUAACUGAGUGUAUUUUGAAUUUCUAUUUCACUAUAACAGUACUGAUUGCAGAAACACACUUGUAGUGUAGGUGUAAUAAAAACAAGUCUAGGCUGGAGCAGCCAGCCAUAUGGUUGGUUAGUACAAAAACAUUUUCUGAGGUAAAGAUAGAAUACUAAAUAAAUACCACAACAAUCAUGAGGAAUGUGCAAAAUUAGUUUUAAUAUAAGCCCUCUUCCCCUUAUGUUAAAAGUACUAGAAACUAUUAAUACAUCUGCAUUUCUCCCUGAUGUAAAAUAAAGAGGGGAAAGUGUAACUAAAUGUGCUUUUAAGCAAAAGCUUUUUACAGCUGAGGAAUGAACUUGUGGUCACCAGGGUUUUUCUGUCUGUUGUGGCAUCAACUGAAGUCAUGUGAUUGUCAGCCUCAUCUUUCCUGACAGUGUUCAUCUUUGGCUUGCAGAACUUUACCUUGUGUAGCAUUGUAAUAGCAGCUUGGCUUUUCUAAGCCUCUGCAUGCACUUAGCUUAAGGAUCAGAUGCAAGAGCUAACCUAAAUGUUUCAAGUCUUGUGUGUCUGCUGUGCUGUACUCCCUUGCUGACUUGAAAUAUUAAGUUCCAAAUGUUUGCUGUUAAUUGUAGGAAAUAGUCUGACAGAUUCCAGAUUGUUAUGGGUAUUUUUUCCCCUCUCCUUUUAAUGGAGAGAUCUUUCUUUCUAAUUUCUGUGCUUAUCCCAGUUGCCUUUGAGGCUUUCUGAAGCACUGAGACCCAUCACACAGAAGCGAAGACAGUCAUGGAUUUGCAGUCUGUUGCCACUUGUCAUGAGUUAGUGGUACAGCUUAUGAAUGUGGCUUUCAUACUCUAUGAAACACUUGCAUCCUGUUUGCUGGAUGUUAGAACAGUACCUCAGUGAAAAAAGCCAUGAAGAAAUGCCUGACUUUUUGAUCUACUGUGUAUGUUUAUAUAAAAAGUAUUUUUGCUGCAAGUAAUUGUCCUUUGUAAAGUUGAGUAUUAUUUGACUGUCAAAUCUAUUUUGAACCCUUAAAUUCUAGAGUACCCCAAGAAGGGAUGCAAAUCAUAUAAUAUCAGUCUCUUGGAGAGGGCAGACAUUAAUGGUUUUCUCUGUUCUCUGUACUCUUGCACCAAUUUAAAAAUCCAUGCUGAAAUAUCUACGUGGUGAAGUUGUCACUUAAAUUUCAUCAGCUCAGUGUUGUUAAACUGGGUUACUGAUCAGUCACUUCACAAUGAAUCGUACUUAAUAUGUAUAGCAAAAUAUUGUCUGCAGCCCUCUAAAAAUAUACUAUGUUAAAAUAAAUGUAUUAAUGGGAGAAGGGGGAGACCUUGAUGCAACUCUAUGCCAAAGUGAAACUUCUCAACUCUUGAUUGCCUUAAGUGUUAGUAGCACAAGGACAAUACUUGAGUUUGUAGCAUUUUAUUUAAAAAUGCGCCAGCACUUACACUUCCUUCUGUGAUACAUCUCCUUUUUCAUAGCUAGCAUUUGCUAGAAUGGGCUGUCCAGUACAUGUCCUUCAGGCUUGAUUGUAGCUCAAGUGAUUCAGUUUUGCAGUAACUCUUGCAUAUUAAAUGAAUAAUGCAUUUUUAUGGAGAAGAAAUCUAUCAUUCUAAGGUCAUUUGGGUUCAAGGGUUUUUUAAACACUGCUGUUAGAAAAAAACAACUAUUACAUGGAUUUUUCUAUACUUUUGAUCAAACUUGUAAUGUUUCAGUCAUGACAAUUACAUAUUUAUAUUAAUAGAUGUUGGACAUCUGUUUUGUACAUAAGUUAUCAAAAGUUUAUACAGAAGAGAAAUAUAUUUAGAAAUCUACAUGAGAACACUUCUAAUGUAGAAUAAAUACCAUUGUUACUGGUUUUCUGCACUGUUGAAUUGGAAAUGUACUUAGUAUUUUUACUUCAGGCUUCUGUUUAUACCUCUAAGUUUUUACACUGAAUGCAAGCUAGAAACUGUAGUUGGCUUUAAAAAAAAUGCAAAGAAGACUGGUAUUCCUCUCUAAUGGGCUGUUUGGAAAGUGUCAAUAAAAUACACUUUGACAUAUUUAACCUGAAAUAAGAAUGUAUAAGCUCAUAUUUUGCAAAAUGACACUAAAUCAUAGUGAACUUGACAAUCUGCAGUGCCAAGACUUACUGAGUUGUAUGCAGGGUAUUUACAGACUUAGGGAAGGAAGCUGUGCGGUUUUGGCCUGGCUGUGCUGUUGGACAAGUGCAUCAGUUCAGGGAAGAAAAUUCAAAGUGAUGCCAUAGGAUGACUGUGGGAAACUACUGAAGUGGUCUAAAAACCACUAGAAAGUGGCUGCUGAAUGGUGGUAUUUGGAGGUCUAUUGAAAUAUUUCAGUCAUGGCAGUAUACUUGUCUUUCAUUAAGUAGUUCCUCUACUUCAUGAGAGCAUGUUGUUCUUAUAGUAUUAAAUGAGGCAACUUGUUGAAAUAACAA